AUGGAACGAAGAACCUCAGUCAUCCAAAAAAAACUUAAUGACCAAGCCCCUCGUGAUCAUGGGCCGAGCCAGAGGCCCGAGGGAAAAUUCCAUUCUUACACUCUUCUCAACACCUCUACGGAGCAUAUUCUGUUAGAUAUUAGAGGCCAGAGACUCCUGAAUUGGCCUGUCUACAUGAAGACCGACGUAGAGAACCGGGACAAGCGCAAGUACUGCAGAUUCCACCGCGACCACGGCCACAACACGAGCGACUGUGUGGAUCUCAAGGACGAGAUCAAGACCCUUAUCCACAAGGGUCAUCUGCGUCGAUACACUAAGGAGGAGAGGUUGGCUCAGAAAGAAGAAAGGUCGAGCAAAGCAGUGGAAGAACCUAUAGAAAUUCGAACCAUCUAUGGUGGUUCAUCUAGUGGAGGCGACUUGAAUAGGGCUCGUAAAGCCCACUCUCGGAGUUCGGACCCCGAGCACUAUGUCAAUUUGGCCAAAAGGCCGAAGAAAGAGUUCCGUGUCAGCCCCUGCAACUUGACUUUCACAGAGGAUGACGCACACGGAAUCCAGCAUCCAUAUGACGAUGCCCUCGUGGUGGCUAUGACCAUAGCCAACGAAAAAGUCUUUCACAUCCUGGUUGACUCAGGGAGCUCAGCCAAUGUCAUUUACUCCGAGGCGUUUGAGAGAAUGGGUAUCGAUAGGUCGCGCCUCCGACCCGUGAAUACUCCUCUACACGGCUUUGUCGGGGAUAAGGUAAUCUCCGAGGGAGCCAUCUCCCUCCCUGUAACAGCGGGAGAAGGACAGCAACAAGUCACACUUCUAGUGAACUUUCUAGUUGUCAAUGUGCCAUCGGUGCAUAAUGUUAUUUUGGGCCGACCUUCCCUUAAUGCGAUGAGGGCGGUUGUGUUUACAUACUACUUGAUGAUGAAGUUCCCCGCCGAAUGUGGGGUCGGAUACCUCCGAGGGAACUAG